GGGGGGCGCUGCCCUGGCCCCGCGAGAGGCGGCGGUGGCGGCGGCGGCGGCGGCGGCCGAGGAGCUGCACCGGCCUCGCUGCCCGCCCGCCUCUCUCGUUCCUGCCCCGGGCGGAGCGGCCGCGACGGUUAUCGGCGCUCGGACCGAGAGUCCGCCCGCACGCACCGACCGGGCGGCCGUGGCCGCGCCGCGGGAGCCCCCGGUGCCAGCGCGGCCGCUCUCGGCCGGAGCCCCGGGGCCAGGCGGAGCCCCCUCUGUGGGCGGGCGCCUCCCCGGGGCCGGCCCGCCCCGGGCGCCGCCGCAGCUGCUGCGGCCGGGGAAGCGGAGGCGAGAGGCGGCCGCCGCGGCCGCUCUUCCUCCGGCCCCGCUCCGGGCUCGGGGAGCCGGCGACCAUGGGUCAGGGCUGAGAGGAGGAUCCGGGGCGCUGAGGGGGCGCCCGGGCCGCCCCUGGCGCGCCCCCGCCUCCCCGCCGACACCUAGCCCGGCUCCGCGGCGAAUGGCUUUCAUGAUGAUGAAGAAGAAGAAGUUCAAGUUUAAGGUGGACUUCGAGCUGGAGGAGCUCUCCUCGGUGCCCUUUGUCAACGGGAUCCUCUUCUGCAAGAUGCGGCUGCUGGACGGAGGCAGCUUCAGCGCCGAGUCCUCCAGGGAGGUAGUGCAAGCAAACUGUGUUCACUGGAGAAAGAAGUUCUCAUUUAUGUGCAAAAUGAGUGCAAGUGCUGUUACGGGUGUUCUGGAUCCUUGCAUCUACAGGGUCUCUGUGAGGAAGGAAUUAAAAGGCGGAAAGGCCUAUGCAAAGUUGGGCUUUGCAGAUCUAAACCUAGCAGAGUUUGCUGGAUCAGGAAAUACCACUCGUCGCUGUUUAUUAGAAGGUUAUGAUACCAAAAAUACAAGACAAGAUAAUUCUAUUCUUAAAGUCUUGAUCAGUAUGCAGCUCAUGUCUGGUGAUCCAUGUUUUAAAACGCCUCCAUCUACAUCAAUGUAUAUACCAAUUGCCGGUGAAUCUGAAUCUCUACAUGAGGAUCGGAAGGGUGGAGAGACUCUCAAAAUCCACCUUGGCUUGUCAGAUCUGUCAGCAAAGAGUGCCUCAGUUCCAGACGAACUUGGUGCCUGUGGACAUUCUAGAACAUCAAGCUAUGCAAGCCAACAAUCAAAAGUGUCAGGUAGUUAUAGUACAUGUCACUCCAGGUCAUCCAGUUUUUCUGACCUUUGUCACAAGAGAAAUGCUUCAGUGGGAAGUACAUCAACAGGAAUUGAAAGUAUCCUAGAGCCAUGUGAUGACACUGAACAGAAAGUAGUUGAUCUUAAUCUUGAAACACCCAUUAAACAAGAGGAUGAUGGAUCAUCAGAAAAACUCAACAGGCACCCUGUGAAGCAAGAUUCUGUAGAAUCUCAACUAAAACGUGUUGACGCUACCAGAGUGGAUGCAGAUGAUAUUGUUGAAAAAAUAUUGCAAAGUCAAGAUUUCAGCCUAGACUCCAGUGCAGAAGAAGAAGGAUUGAGGCUAUUUGUGGGUCCUGGAGGAAGUACAUCUUUUGGCAGUCACCACCUUCCAAACAGAGUGGGAUCUGGUGCAUAUGAACAAGUCGUGAUCAAACGCUAAAGUGGAGCUUUCCUGUGGAUCUCAGAUACUAAUAAUUGGGCUUUCAGGACCCUUUUCUCAAACUCUUGUGAGAAAAUGCGAAGAUGAUCAACUGGAUUCUUCUGUGAAAAAGGAAAAUGAACAUUGGUUUGUCUUGUUCAUCUCAAAGUGCCUCUUGCUCCAUGAAAGGACAUUUCAACUUGGUAGUACAAGGCACUAUUACACAGUGAGGGCCAUGUGCGGACAUAACUUGGAAAUGUACAUAUUAGUGAUAUACUUGCUUUCCACUUAGAAAAACAUCCUGUCUUGGAAAGGAAAAAAAAAAGAAUGCUAUAUAUUCUAAGUGUCAUUUCUAUAUUUACAAUCAGUGAUGAUUACUAUGUUUGGAAUUUGGCUUUAAGGAGAAGGUCCUUUUUUUUUAACCAAUAGACUGUUAGGAUCCAAAUUUAUAAGUUCUUCCUACAUAAAUACAUUUUUUUCCAAGGAACUCUUCCUAUAUACUACCUAAAAUACCACUUGCAAAUUGAUAUCCCUUUUCCAGUCAUUCCUCAAUUUAAAGUUUGGAUUUAUGCUUUUAGGGGAAAUGCUUCUCUGGAAUCUAAAUAUACAGACCAUUUGUUAUUAAUUCUAAAUUUAUCGAACAUAAAAGUACACCUGCGUUUACCAGAAACAGGUACAUAAAAGUUAAGAUGAAUAAGUGGGACUGGCAUCAUCGUAAUGUAAUUCUCAUACAUAGCAUUGCUCCUGUUUGCUAAUAGAUAUUGAAAAGUUAUGGGCACUGCCACUCUGGAAUGUUUCCAAGGAAGCUUUACGUUUAUGUUAGGUCACCAGAAGUCACCUUGACUCACCCAGGAGUUCAUUUAACUCACAAACUAAUGGAAUCUACUGUUUUUAGGUGCAGAAUCUCAGAGGACUUAAAGUAAAAUUGUCAUCUCAGUAGAGCCAGGUUGGCCUUGGCACAAAAGUUCAGCUUUAUGUGAGCCUGGAAAAUGAAUCCACUAUGACACAGGGUAAAGCAAAGGAGACAAACCACUGCUUGGCAUUGAUGAUGGGGAUUUGUAUCUUCUGUCAGCCCUCUGUGAUCAGGUACUAAGCUUUUUUCCUUAACUAUGCCCAAAGGUGCCUUGAUAAAAGGAGGAUAAGAAAAACAGCAUCAAAGAAUACAGAGAUUAUGUAGCCUACUUCAAUUUAUUUAUGGGAUUUGAGUCAUUUUUAAUGGGGGGAGGGGAGCCAUCAACACUGCAGUAUACAUGUGAAAGAACUUCACCUUUUUCAUUCUGGAUCACUUAAGCACUGUUAACUAAAUGUUAAUUCUUGAUGAGUAAUUCCUAACCUCUUAACUCUUAGACCUGACACACUGUGUCCAAAAAAGGCAUUGCAUUGAAAUGUCUGCAAAUAGAAUUUUUUUGGCAAAAUAUGUUUCUAUUUGGACUAAAUUAGGGAGCAAUUUUAUUUAAAUGAGAACGAAUUUAAUAUUAGGUUUUAUUUUUAACCUAGGAUUUAGAGGUUUGGAGCUACUAUGAGCUAAUGUUAGGACUUAACUUUUUUUUUUUUUCUGGUAUUCCAUUGUUAAUACAUGUAUUCUACAGUUGCCUAUUGAUACUUUGGCCCAAUGCUAUUUUAAGUGUAGUAUCUGGGCUGGGUUUGGGGAUCUUUUGGGGGGGGGGGGGGAAGGUAGAACUAGACUUGUGAUUUCAUUAGUUUAGGAAACUCUUAGAAUGAAUAUUCUCCCUGUCAAUGCAGAUUUUUUAAAAAAGGGAAAGUAAUUAUGUAAGAAUACUGGAUUAGAGUUUGAGUUUCCUGACUCAUUAUUUAGGAAUUCUUUUAAAGAAGCAAUCAUUGAGAAUUAGUGAGGAGAACUUAUUUUAAAAAGUGGUAAAAAGUUAUUUGCAAACACAGAAUAUAGACUGUCCCAUAUAUUAUAGAAAUCAUUGUUAAAAAGAAAGUAAAAGACAAUUUUAAUAGAGAGCCAAGUUUAAAAAGAGCUAUUUCUUAAUGGCAUAACAUUGAAAAACAUAUUUUUCUAUUGCCCAAAUAUUACUUCUAGGUUAUAUUUUUUAUUGGAGUUAUAUCCAUUGGCUUUGUUGUAUGAAGAUAAGAGCCAGAAUGUAUUUCCAUAGUGCAAUGCUAGUUUAAAAUAAUAAUAAAAUGUGGAGACAAAUGGGAAAACUAAAAAUCAUAUUUUUAUUUUAAAAAUCCAACAACUACCAGUAAAUCAUCAUCUUGGAAUUGUCCAGUAUAAAGUUGGAAACUGUUUUUAAUGAAUAUAGGCAUUAAUUAGGAAAAGGAAAAAGCACUUAUAAAUAAGUGCCUUUAAGGUCUGAAUUCAAUGAGAGCCUAUAACAUCAUUUUAUUUCUCUUUUGUGUGCCAUUAGUAUUGCAUCAGUGGGCUUUAAAAAAAAUUUUUUUUUCAGUCUUGCUACAAAAAGUUUUGCAUCAUUUAAUGUCUGAUUAAACAUCUUAAUUCCUUUUAUAAUUUGAUUCACUUAGAGCUCCAAUUCCCUCAGAACAUCAUGGUAGUCAUCGAAUAUAUUUGAAUCAACAAGUCUAAUUUUUAUUCUGAUUUCCAAUUAGAAGAUCUAAUUCUAAGAAUUAGUUGUAAUUUUAAUAAUUUUUAAACAUUAAAAAACAAAUUGCAAAUAUUUAGAACCAAAGAACUUUUAGAAAUUUGAAACAAGGAAUUAUUUUAUUUUUUUCUGAUUCUGUCCCAAAGAAGGGCAUUAAUAUAUUCUUAAGCAAUAUAUUUCAAAAGUUGGAGAAAGUCAUUAGUGAAGAUGGAGGAAAAAUCUAAAAAUGGUAUGUUUUAAAGGGAUAUGUCUAUAGAGGUCAAUCAGAAGUCCCAUUUUCACAAGGCUAAAUUUGGUUUUCCCAAAUCAGAAAAGAUCUGAAAAAACACAUGAAAUAUUCUUUCUAAUCUGACAGACAUUGUAGGAGGACAGUACAGACUCCCAAACAUGAAGAAAUCAUUUUAUUCCAUUCCAAGGACACACCAACAAUAAUGAUAAUAACCAAAUUGGUUUCUUCUAACAAUGCUUUGCUUUUAUGUAGAGUUUGCAAGAAUUUUAGAGUUCAGUUAUCUCAUUUUAUAGAUGAGAAAACUAAGGUGCAAGAAGUGACAUACCCAGGAUCGCACUCAGGAUCGGAUCCCUAUCCUCUGGCCUCAAGAACAUCCAAGAGUCUUAAAAUUAAAUCUAAUUGUAGCUUGAAAGGAGUAAAUAUCCCACCAGCCAACAAUGAAAACAUGCUCAAUUAAGAUUGCAAUGAAUGUCUUCCAGAUAAUCAGUAAAAUAAUCCAGCUGUCAUUUUAAGCACUUGAAUCAGUAUGGUGUUAGUAAAAUGGUCUUGCAAGUCACCUCUCAUCUCUUGGUGUCAUGUUGUCUGUAAAAUGAAAGGACUGGACAAGAUGGUCUCUAACUGAGGCUUGGAAAUCUAAUGCCUAUUUUGAAUUUUCUCAUUUGAGAAACUUGAUUUAACCAUGUUCAAAGCUGAAAAGUAUUGACCAAUUCCAUGUGGAUUAGAGAUCUCACUGGCUAAUUAAAAAAGCUUUUAAGCAGUUCUAAGUAUGUAGUAACACUGAAGCACUAGGUCUCUAGAAUACAGUAAUGUUGCUCUUAGCUAUGAGAUACCAUUGGAGUUCAUCUCCUUUUGACAAAGUCUGACAUGAUCUUGCUAACAUCUAAUGACUGUUCCUUGCCAUCAAGGAAUAAUAAAUGUGUCCAUUACCCUUUCUAUGGGAUGGUGUUUUUUGUGGAAUCACUAAUUUGAUUAUGAUUUUCUUCUGCCCUAAUGUAUAUAAUUCAAUAGUUUGGUAUGGGAAGAAGAGGCACCUUUAUUCAACAUUAAUUUUUGUUUAUUCAAUUAGCAAAAUAAUUGUUAAUUGUUACUUUUUGACAAGAAUCUUACUCUCAGACCUGACACACUGUGUCCAAAUAAGUUUUCAGGUACCAACCGUAGUUUGUACCUACAAUGUAUAAAAUCUUUUAAAAUGCACUAGUGAAAUGAACAUAUAGUAAACCUACCUUAAAAGACCACCCCAGAAGAAUCUCCUAAAUUUUCCUAAGAUGACACAGAAAGCGUAAAUAUUUGGCCGGUCUUAGGCCAGUUUCUCUAAAGAGCAGAGCUGGCAAAGGCCUUAAAUUCUGUGGAAAAUGUAUACUUUGUUUCCAGUCUAAUAUACUUACCUUCUAUUAUAAAAACCCAGAAAUAUCUUGCCAAUAAAUAUUGGUGGAAUUUUACAUGAGCAGGGCACUUUGUAACUAUUCCAUUUGGUUGUUCUUUGGAAAUUAAUACAGGCAAUGUUCACUCCCUCUUAAAGGUUGGUUCAGUCUGUGGAAAGAAACACACAGACAAACCCAAAGAGGUGGAUGGGCUUUAUUAGUUAAUUCUGAAAAUAUUUAUCAAGUAUCUAUACAUAUGUAUGUAGUGUAUUUUGAUGAAGUGAGUCCAUAAGUAUUCUGCGUCGAUACUUGGAGAAUGACCUUCAUAUAAUAGAUACUAUAUUAUUUUGCUUCAACUGUACAAUGAUAAAUCCAGAAAAAUAUCCUUUUUUUAAAAGCUGAUUUUUUUUUAUUGUAAAGUAUUUGUAAUAAUGUAAAAGUGAGUCUUAUAAAUGUCCAAUAAAAAUCAUGUCUUAAAGUUUG